AAUACUUAUUGUCACCGAAUACAUUUAAUUAAAACAGCUACAGCAACAAAAUGCUAGUCUCGGACUCGGCUAUGACUGGUAACAGCGAUAUAUUCGUAAAAAUCGUCAGCCCCGAGGGCCAGAUGUUCACUACCUACUUCCCAGAAGACACUCUCAUUGAAGAUGUAAAGAAUCGUUCCAUUGAUUACUUCUAUCCGACCGGCGAAAACGGAACCGGUCGGUAUAAAAUCGUACGUGUUUGUGACACAACAACUCUACACGAUUUCUUAACACUCGGGCAGGAACAAAUCGCCAUGUACGAAGAGCUGCUGUUAAUAGAGAGACGCGUUCCUGAAGCUGGAACUCUAUGGGAUUUGGGAGCGGUCAGGGCUCCGCAAAAUGGAGCCAUCAUGGCCGCCACCGCUUCACUACCUACUCCUCAAAACACCGUUCGACAACCAAAUCUACAAUCUUUACUUUCGACCAAUGAACUGUCGUACGAAUUGAGGAAAAUUCUGAUAUCAUUAGUAGAAGCUGGAGCGAGAUUAGCAGCGGCUGGCAGAAAUUACGAAUUGACAUUAGCACAACUUUCCGCAGCUUUGGACGAGCCUCUACGAAAUCAGCAAAUUCUUGUUCAAGUUAUAACCCCUGAAGAAAUAGCAGCCAGGCUCAACGUUCCCGAAUCGGAAGGCGCUUCAACAGCACCGGUAGUCGGAGACGAACUGUAUAAACGAGCCGAGUACUUGCGACGGUUCCUGGAGAAGUUCCGUUUGUGGAGAACGAGGAUUAUGGAGCCACCGAACCCUGAAUCUAUCGCUGCGCUAAAAGACCUUGGUUUUUCAUUAGAAGAAUCUGAUUUAGCUCUCCGGUCUACAGGAUCUAAUAUACCAGCUGCUGCGUCUUGGCUGAUCGGUGAACGGGGGUCAAGUGUCUUUGAAUUAAUUAACGGUUUGCCAGAUGGUUCCAUCCUCCAGACUUUAUUAAAACAACCACAAAUUCAACGUGGCCUUCUGAAUACGAGAAUGCUGAUCGCGUUCAUAGCUAUGGUCGGCCAAACGGGUAACGCGUCCCUUUGGUUGAACUCUCCUCACGGGAGUCCGUUGCUAUCACAGAUAUCGAGGACUUAUCAUUCAGAAAAAUACUGCUACGCUGUGAACCAGUUUUCAGAAAGACAAGAGGCUUCAAAGCCUUCAACAUCAAAGCAAAAGAAGCCGUGAACUUCAAUCUUACUUUGUUUU